AAUUAAUGAAAUUCGUGUUGUUGUCAAUUUUAUUAUUGCUUGUAUUAGCAGGAGAGGAUUAUUACUAAUUGUUAGGAUUGAAGAAAGGAGCAAGUGAUGCAGAAAUAAAGAAGGCUUUUAAGAAAUAAUCUUUAAAAUAUCAUCCAGAUAAAAAUAAGGGAAAUGAAGAAAAAGUAAUUGAUUAUUCUAAUUAUUGUAUAGGCUCAAAAAUAAUUCUAAAAAAUAGUAAAUGCUUAUGAAACACUUAAAGAUCCAGAGAAAAGAAAGAUUUAUGAUUAAUAUGGUGAAGAAGGUGUAAAUAAACAUGAAUAAUAAUAAUAAUAAGGUGGUGGAGGAGGAUUUCAUAAUUUUGGUGGUGGAUUUGAAGAAAUGUUUUCAUAAUUUUUUAGAGGAGGUAGUGGUGGAGGUGGUGGUCAUUAAUAAUUUCAUUUUAAUUUUGGAGGAUCAGGAUUUGGUAAUUAAGGUGGUGGAUUUGGUAAUUAAGAUUUUUAAGAAGAAGGAGGAUAAGCUAAAAAAGAUAAUAUUUUUGAAAAUACAGAUGUUUAUACUCUUGAUAUGAGUAAUCUAUCAAGAUUUUAUAGAAGAGAAGAAGUUUGGUUAAUUUAUUUUUAUUUACCUAAUGGAGAAGGAUAAAAAUAUAAAAAACUUAUUAUUGAAUUAGCUGAAAAAUAUGCAGGGAUUUUUAGAGUCGCAGCUAUUGAUUGUGAAGAUGAUGAAGCAUUAUGUGAAGAUGAAUUCUAAGUUAAAAGAUAUCCUACUGUUUCUAUUUAUGCAUCACGACUUUCUGCUGAACCGAUUAAAUAUACAGGAAAAUGGGAAUUAAAUGAAAUGGCUAAAGAAGCUGUUGAUCUUAUGGAAGAUUUUGUUAUUGUGUUAAGUGGAUUCAACUUUUAAGAGUAUAUUGAAAAAUCUAAACCUAAAGUUAUUUUAUUUACUAAUAAAAAAUCAACCCCUCCUUUAUUUAAAGCUCUUUCUAAAGAAUUUAAAGGAAAAUUAGAAUUUGCCAUGAUUCGAUAAUCAGAAAGACAAUUAACUUCAAUUUUCAAAAUCACAGAAUUCCCAAGUUUAAUUGUUGCUUAAAAUGAUUAGGAUUUUAAAGUUUUUGAAUCUGAAUUUAAAAAAGAUUAGAUUGUUAAAUUUCUUAGAUAAUUUGCAUAUGGAUAAAAAAAGGAACCAUAACAAAAAACAAUAUAAUAAUUAAAUGGAUAAAACUAUGAAUAAUGUAUUACAAAAGGAAAAGAUUUGUGUUUCUUAUUAUUAAUUAAUAAUGAAACUGAAUUAGAAUUAAUAUCUAAAAUACCAAGUAAAUAUUAAAAUGAGAAUAUCUCAUUUUAUUAUGCCAAUCUAAAGUAUUUUAUUAUAUUAGAUUAGGUAACUUACAUAAAAAUUUGAAGCUAAUUUAAAGUAAUCAUAUGCUGUAAUUAUAAAACCUAAGAGACAAACCUAUGCUGUAUAAACUUCAAUUGAGAAUAAUGAGAUUAUAACAUUUAUUGAUGAUGUACUUGGAGGAGGAAGAACAUUUAAGAAGAUGCAUUCUACUUUUAGAAAGGAAGAGUUGUGA